CCCAUCCGUCCAUCAUCCUUUUCCGUCUCCCGCCCGAGGCUAGUACUGUAGUAUCGUCGUCGGUCACUCUCUCUACCUUUGCCCCCCUUUCACCCUCCUCUUCCUUCAUUCACUCACUCUUUCGUUCUCUCGCCCAACAAGGCUCGCGAUCUCGCGGCUCCCCAUGUCAUUGUGGGCAGCGCGUUUCUUCACCUCAUGAUCCUCUACUACUACUACUAGUCUCACUGUCCCCCCCAUGUUCAAGCUCUGUGACCCGCGGCUCUGGCCGUCGCGCCUCGUCGUGCGGUACCUGUCGGCCGCCUUCUUCGUCGCAUUCGUCGUCGCCAACUACAUGCUCUGGCACGAUGCCAAGUCGUGGGACAUGGCCGGCUUGCGCAGCACCGUCGGCUUAGAUAUCGGUCACAAGCACCCCAUCAAGAAGCUCAUGGUCGAAGCAAAGUUGCGCCACGAAAAGCUGUUGGCCGCGCAAAGCCACGACGUUGCCGACGCAGCGGCCAGAUACCGGUCCAAGCGCGGGCGCCACCCGCCCCCGGGCUUCGACGCCUGGUUCAAAGCCGCCCAGGACGCCCACGCCAUUGUCGUCGAAGACUAUUUCGACCGCAUAUACAAGGACCUGACGCCCUUUUGGGCCCUCGAGCUCAACACCGUCCGCCGCCGCGCCGACGCCUGGCACUGGGUCGUCAAGGUCCGCAAUGGCACCGCCUCUGGCGUCGGCGACGUCGAGGGCCGCGUGCCCUGGCUGCAGCUCUGGACCGCCCUCGUCGAGGAAUUCGCCCAACACUUGCCCGAUGUCGACAUGCCCGUCAACAUGAUGGACGAGUCCCGCAUCCUCGUCCCCCACGACCAAAUCGCCAAGCUCGUCGACAAGGAGCGCAAGGAGAGGACCCUGGCCGACGUCGCCAGCGUCAAAUCCACCUUCACCGGCCUCCAACACCUCGAAGACGACAAGAGCGAUCCCUACGACCCGGAGUGGUUCGGGCCCAGCAACCAGUACUGGGACCUGGCCGUCAAGACGUGCGGCCCCGGCACCCCCGCCCAUGGCGUCAAGCAGAUCGACGACUGGGCCACGCCCGCCGCCUUCCCACAAAACUACAGACCUUCGUACUCGUACAAGGGUUUUGUCCAGAACUGGACCGCUGCGACCGACCCCUGCCUGCAGCCGCACCUGCGCCAGCUGCACGGCACCUUUAUCGAGCCCAUCAGCCUCUCCUCCACCGAGGAGCUGAUACCCCUGUUCGGCGGCUCUAAGCUUCCCAUGAACAACGAGAUACUUAUCCCCGGUGCCAUGUAUCUGACUCGGGAUGAGUUCUACUCGGGCGGUGACUCCCAUGGGCCCUCGUGGGGGCGCAAGAAGGACGGCCUCAUCUGGCGAGGCGAUGGUUCCGGCGGUCGACCCAAGGAGCACACCUGGCAUCACUUUCAGCGUCAUCGUCUUGUCGACAUGUUCAACGCCACGACCAUCGCCCGCGCCGAGUCGGACGCAAAGCGCCCGUUGACGUUUGAGCUUCCGUCUCUCGCCAUCUACGACAGCCCCCGGAUGAGACGCGGGGAGUUGGGCGCCUGGAUCAGCCAGUUCGCUGAUACCGCCUUUGUGCAUCUCUGCCCGGAAAACGAGUGCGACUUUUUCCAGCCUUACUUCAAGCUGUCAGAGCAGAUCCCCAUGAAGAAGCAGUACAACUACAAGUUUCUCCCCGACGCCGACGGCAACUCGUUCAGCGCCCGCUUCCGGGGCUUUCUCCGCUCCACGAGUCUGCCACUCAAAGCUACCGUCUACGCCGAGUGGCACGACGACCGCAUAAUCCCAUGGGUGCAUUUCGUGCCCCUCGACAACACCUUCCAGGACAUGUAUCCUGUGCUCGAAUACUUUGCCGACGGUGGCGGGCCAGGCGACGCGGCGGCGCAGUUCAUCGCCGAGAUGGGCCGCGAGUGGUCCGAGAAGGUGCUGCGUCGGGAGGACAUGCGCCUCUACGUCUGGCGUCUGCUGCUCGAAUGGGCGAGAGUGUGCGACGACAACCGGCAUACCCUCGGCUAUGUCGAUGACCUCAAGAAGGCCUAAUAAUCUAUUCUCCGCCAUCCCGACGGCGCCGGCGUUUCACGAAGAGCAAUUCAUGUUGAUUAUGGAAGCGAAAAUGGCGUUGGGGAGACCGUUCCUUUCCCUUUUUCUUUGAUUUAUGGUUCAUGAGGGAAGGCAAGAACUCUCUCUUGCUGCCUCUCUUGCAUGGCGUCUGGGUCGAUUGUUGCAUAUGAAAGAGCUUUGGAUAAGGAAUCGCCCUUUGGCAGACAAAUGGGCGUUUUUCGUUUGGCUACCGUGGUGGGCUCAGUAUACCUUCGGCUGGCAGCCCACCUCCCCUUUUUUGUAUCAACAUUGUAUUUCUUGGAAAUGAUGGGGGAGUGUUCCCAACAUCGGGUCCCUGUAGAGUUGCCAUUGUCUUUUCUUUGUGGUCACGGCAGCGGCCUCGCUGCUGUGGCAUUCCGGUUAGGAAGGGGGGCGUUGACGCCCAAGAUGGAGGCGACUUGUAUGGGCAUGGGACAUGUGGUGGUCAGUCUGGGUUGGUGCCACCACUGGUAUCUUCUAAAUAGAUCAAAAGCUGGGAGACUCAUGGAUGCUCAUAAUUGCUG